CUGCUGCUACCGCCGCCGCCGCCGCCGCCGCCGCCGGGGGAGGGGCGGCCGCCGCCCGCCUGCGCUCAGAGACUCACGCAGCCCCAGUCCCGCCAGUCCGCCAACACUGUAGUGCCGGCCCCCCUCCUUCCCUGGCCCUUCCCCCUCCCCGCCUUGGGCUCGCUCCGCCUUUCUGCCCCCCACCCCCACCUCACGGGCACGGGCCAUUCCCGGCCAGGAAACGCCGUGGCGCCGCGUUGGGCCUAACUCGAGUCCUGCUGCCUCCCGGGAGUGCCGUGCGCCGCAGCCCGGGCCCAGGCCCCGGCAGCGCCUGGGACAAGGUCUUCAGAGCUACUGGAAGCUAAUUUUUUGGGACUUCAUAUUCAGAGAUCUAUAAAAAGGAUUCCUCAUGUCCAUAACAUGUUGGUUGAGGCUCUGCAGCUCACCCCCACUCUCAGAGUGGCCAGUCUCCAUUAAUUGGACCCCGUGAUUUCUACUCUCUGCUGUGUUGGACGUCAUGAGCAUUGCAAUCCCUCUGGGAGUCACCACACCAGAUACAUCCUACUCAGAUAUGGCUGCUGGAUCAGAAAAGGAAGUGGAAGCCCCCUACCUUUCAAGACGAAGUGGCACUACACCAGGAUGUGAAAGUCCAGCGAAAGAGACCCAAGGGGCCUAGGGGGCAGCACACCCCCAGAAGCCAAGUCUAUUCCAGGCAGUACCAGGGAUUAGGGUCUGGGCUGGAAAAAUCCUGGUGUUUUGAAUAUGUUCAGGUCCAGUUCAGACUCUUGAUCCCACAGCCACUUCUUGAGUGAGGGUAUCCUGUCUUGGUAGUGAAUGGAAGAGGGCCUGGUCCCUGGGGCAGUGCAGAAGGCACUUUCAUCAUCUCACUCACUGCAAAUGUCAUGUGAGGUUUCAUGGAAGUAUUAAGAGAUCCAAUUAAGAAGAAUAGUUCUGAGUCUAAACCAGCCCAGAGUGGCUUCUCUAGGGGAAACUCCCUGCUCAGCUGCCCUGAAUCUGUGGAGGCUAGUCCAGCAGUUAAUGAGAAGAGCGUGUAUUCCACUCAUAAUUAUGGGACCACUCAGAGGCAUGGGUGUCGAGGACUGCCUUAUGCUGAUCAUAAUUACGGAGCCCCUCCUCCUCCGACACCUCCUGCUUCUCCCCCUGUCCAGACGAUCAUCCCUCGUUCUGACCUGAAUGGCCUGCCGUCGCCCGUAGAGGAACGCUGUGGAGACAGCCCGAACUCUGAAGGAGAGACUGUUCCUACCUGGUGUCCUUGUGGUCUUUCUCAGGAUGGCUUCCUUCUCAACUGUGACAAGUGCAGGGGAAUGAGCAGGGGGAAGGUUAUUAGACUUCAUCGGCGGAAGCAGGACAACAUAUCAGGUGGGGAUAGCAGUGCAACAGAAAGCUGGGAUGAGGAGCUUUCUCCUUCCACUGUGUUGUAUACAGCAACACAACACACACCUACAAGCAUCACCUUAACUGUUAGAAGAACCAAACCCAAGAAGCGGAAAAAGAGUCCAGAAAAGGGUCGUGCAGCACCAAAGACGAAGAAAAUCAAGGCAUUUCGAGAGGGAUCCCGGAAGUCCUUGCGGAUGAAGAAUUCUCCUUCUGAAGCACAGAAUUUAGAUGAGAAUACAACUGAGGGAUGGGAAAAUCGAAUAAGACUGUGGACUGAUCAGUAUGAAGAAGCUUUCACUAAUCAGUACAGUGCAGAUGUACAGAACGCCCUUGAACAACACCUACAUUCUAGCAAGGAAUUUGUGGGCAAACCUACUAUUUUAGACACUAUUAAUAAGACUGAAUUGGCCUGUAAUAAUACAGUUAUUGGUUCCCAAAUGCAGCUACAGUUGGGAAGAGUCACUCGUGUUCAAAAGCACCGAAAGAUCCUAAGGGCUGCAAGAGAUUUGGCUUUGGACACUCUUAUAAUAGAGUACCGAGGGAAAGUCAUGUUACGACAACAAUUUGAGGUCAAUGGACAUUUCUUCAAAAAACCAUACCCCUUUGUGCUCUUCUACUCAAAAUUCAAUGGUGUAGAGAUGUGUGUGGAUGCACGUACUUUCGGUAAUGAUGCUCGGUUCAUCAGAAGAUCAUGUACACCAAAUGCAGAGGUGAGACACAUGAUUGCAGAUGGGAUGAUUCACCUGUGUAUCUAUGCUGUGUCUGCCAUCACCAAGGAUGCCGAGGUCACCAUAGCAUUUGAUUAUGAGUACAGUAACUGUAAUUAUAAAGUGGACUGUGCAUGUCACAAGGGGAACCGGAAUUGCCCUAUACAGAAAAGGAAUCCCAAUGCUGCAGAACCACCGCUCCCCCCUCCUCCAAGCCUACCCACCAUUGGAGCAGAGACAAGACGGAGAAAAGCACGACGGAAAGAGCUAGAGAUGGAGCAGCAGAAUGAGGCUCCGGAAGAGGAUAACAACCAGCAACCAGAACAAGUCCCUGAGAAAGUGACUGUAUCCAGUGAUCAUGAGGAAAUAGACAAUCCAGAAGAAAAAGCAGAAGAAGGGAAAGAAGAAGUUACAGAUGACCAGGAGAACCCAGCUCAUAGUAGGAGGACCCGGGAAGAUAGGAAGGUCGAAGCCAUCAUGCAUGCUUUUGAAAACUUAGAGAAAAGAAAGAAGCGACGGGAUCAGCCCUUGGAACAAAGCACCUGUGACAUGGAGAUUACUACCACCACCCCAGAGGUUCCUGUGGGAGAAGAGACAAAAACUGAAACCCCUGAGUCGGAAGUUAGCAACUCUGCUUCAAACAUUGCCAUCCCAAGCACCCCACAGAGUGUUGGAGUGAACACUCGGAGGUCUUCCCAAGCAGGGGAUGUUGCUGCAGAAAAACCAGUCCCCAAACCACCUCCAGCAAAGCCUUCUAGGCCCCGACCGAAGAGUCGAAUUUCUCGGUACCGGACCAGUUCAGCCCAAAGACUAAAGCGUCAGAAGCAGGCCAUUGCACAGCAGGCAGAGUUGUCACAAGCUGCCUUGGAAGAGGGAGGAAAUAACAGCUCAGUAACUCCUACUGAAGCUGGAAGUAUAGAUAGUUCAGGAGAAAACAGGCAAUUAACAGGGUCUGACCCAACUGUGGUAUCAGUUACUGGAUCCCAUGUCAACCGUGCUGCAUCUAAAUACCCCAAAACCAAAAAGUAUCUAGUUACAGAAUGGUUGAAUGACAAAGCGGAGAAGCACGAAUGCCCUGUUGAGUGCCCUUUACGUAUCACCACGGACCCAACUGUACUGGCGACAACCCUGAACAUGUUACCCGGUCUUAUCCAUUCCCCGUUAAUUUGCACCACCCCCAAACACUACAUUCGCUUUGGCUCACCCUUUAUCCCUGAGAGGCGUCGAAGGCCCCUUCUGCCUGAUGGCACAUUCAGCUCCUGUAAAAAGCGCUGGAUAAAGCAAGCCUUGGAAGAAGGGAUGACUCAAACAUCAUCUGUACCCCAAGAGACUAGAACUCAGCACCUAUACCAAAGUAAUGAGAAUAGUAACUCUUCUAGUAUCUGCAAAGACAAUGCAGACUUGUUGAGCCCAUUAAAGAAAUGGAAAUCUCGUUAUCUGAUGGAGCAGAAUGUCACCAAGUUACUGCGGCCUCUUUCUCCAGUCACACCACCCCCUCCCAAUCCAGGCUCAAAGAGCCCCCAGCUGACCACACCUGGCGCGUCUCACCCGGAAGAGGAGUGUCGGAACGGAUACAGCCUCCUGUUCUCACCAAUUGCGUCUCUUACUACUGCUAGUCGCUGCAAUACUCCUCUGCAGUUUGAGAACAUAUCCUCCCCUGAGAGUUCCCCUGCGAAUAGGCCCGAGUCCCUGUCACCCGAGCUCUGUCACCGAAAAGACCUGGACUUGACAAAAGUAGGCUACCUUGACUCCAACACUAACAGCUGUGCUGACAGACCUUCCCUGGUCAACUCGGGUCAUUCUGACCUGGCUCCUCAUCCCUCCAUUGGGCCCACCUCUGAAACUGGCUUUCCAAGUAGGAGUGGAGAUGGACAUCAGACCCUUGUGAGAAACUCGGACCAGGCAUUUCGGACAGAGUUUAACUUAAUGUAUGCCUACUCCCCAUUGAACGCUAUGCCUCGAGCAGAUGGAUUAUAUCGAGGAUCUCCCCUAGUAGGGGAUAGGAAGCCUUUACAUUUGGAUGGGGGAUAUUGUUCCCCUGCAGAAGGGUUUCCCAGCAGAUAUGAACAUGGUUUUAUGAAAGACCUCUCUCGUGGAUCCAUGUCACCUGGUGGUGAAAGGGCUUGUGAAGGAGUCCCAUCUGCCCCCCAGAACCCACCACAAAGGAAAAAGGUCUCCCUGCUGGAGUACCGCAAACGGAAACAAGAGGCCAAGGAGAAUUCUGCCAGUGGGGGAGGGGACUCUGCACAGAGCAAAAGCAAGUCUGCAGGAGCUGGGCAGGGCGGCAGUAACUCACUGUCAGACACUGGUGCCCAUGGUGUACAGGGGUCCUCAGCCCGGACCCCAUCUUCCCCUCACACAAAAUUCUCCCCAUCCCAUUCCUCUACGUCCCAUUUGGAGGCGGUGAGCCCGUCAGAUUCCAGAGGAUCUUCAUCUCACUGCAGACCUCAAGAAAAUAUCAGCAGUAGGUGGAUGGUUCCCACGUCAGUAGAACGACUUCGAGAGGGAGGGAGCAUCCCCAAGGUCCUCCGAAGCAGUGUGAGGGUGGCCCAAAAAGGGGAGCCUUCUCCUACGUGGGAAAGUACCAUCACAGAGAAGGACUCAGACCCUGCAGAUGGAGAAGGCCCAGAGACACUGAGCUCAGCACUCUCUAAAGGAGCAGCCGUUUACAGCCCUUCCAGAUACAGCUACCAGCUCCUGCAGUGUGAUAGUCCACGGACAGAAUCACAAAGCCUCCUUCAACAGAGUUCCUCCCCCUUUAGAGGACAUCCCACCCAAUCUCCAGGAUACAGUUAUCGAACUACUGCACUGAGACCUGGAAACCCCCCCUCUCACGGUUCUUCAGAAUCUUCCCUCUCUUCUACAUCCUAUUCCAGCCCCGCCCACCCUGUGUCCACAGACUCGUUGGCCCCAUUUACGGGGACACCAGGGUAUUAUAGCAGCCAGCCACAUUCUGGAAACAGCACCGGCAGCAGUCUUCCAAGGAGGAGCUGCCCUUCUAGUGCUGCUAGCCCUACCCCACAGGGCCCCUCAGACUCACCAACCUCAGACUCGGUUUCCCAGUCCAGCACAGGAACUCUGAGUUCCACCUCCUUUCCUCAGAACUCUAGGUCGUCAUUGCCAUCAGACUUACGGACUAUCAGUCUGCCCAGUGCUGGGCAGUCAACUGCCUACCAGGCCUCCAGGGUAUCUGCGGUUUCCAAUUCACAGCACUACCCACACCGCGGGAGUGGGAGUGUGCACCAGUACCGACUCCAGCCGCUGCAGGGGUCGGGAGUCAAGACUCAGACAGGACUUUCCUAGGGCUUCUGGAUUUGGGCAAACAGAACUGAAUGAGCCCAUAGCUGCUUCCUUCCAGCUGCCUCUGGAACCUAGGCCGAGCAUAUUGCUGGGGAAGGGGGUACAAGGUGCCAGAGGAUUGGGUCUGGUCGACAAGAAACAAGACUUGUGGUCGCGACUGGCUCUGGCCUUGGAGAAAGAUGUAAAUCUUGUCUGAAGCAGAGACUAUAAAGAAGUUUCUCCCUGCUGUUAAGGGUACAUUGUUGACAAGCAAAUGGUGUUUCGGUUAGUAACGGUUCUAAGUGCAAUGAGUUGUGUCGAAGCCUCCGUCUCCCAUCCUUGCCUGUAGCCUGUAGUCACUUGUGCAGUGAGGACAUCUUUUUAAAUCCCCCCAAAAAUAUUUUUUUUUCUUUCAAAGGAAAAAAAGUGAAAAGAGCCAAUCUCAAAGCCCCAAGCCAUCUGAGUAGUGUUAGGGUUUUAUGCACUUAAGAAAAAAGGUAGGUAUGUUAACAUUCACCCUAAGACAACCAUUCCAAAAGCAGAUAAUCUGGCCAAGUUGUGUCCACCAAGAAUACCCCCUACCUUUGUCUUAAAAUCACCAAGAAAUAGGCAGGGAUAGUGAAGCUUGGAAUGUGCUCUGACAGAGGGGUGCCUGGCUCUCUGAACAAGAGCUGGAGGUCAACUCGUGAUUAUUCAGGAGCAGAUUACCCUUGUAGAUUGUCUGAGCCCCCGCCUGUUACCAUCCCACUCCCCCUCCCCAAGCUAUUUCACAGCUCAGUAACCUAUGAAGUAAGUAGGCAAAGAAAAGUGGAAUGAUAAAUGAGAUAGGCCAAUUGCAUUGCUACUUAUCAGCUGUUGGCAAUAAUUUUGAUUAGGAAGGAUCCCAAGUGGUUUGGGAAUUCUUUGAAUUUUAUUUUUUCUACUCCCAAUUAAUCAGGAGUUGACGAUCCCAUGAGUAGGACCGCCUCCAUGAUUGGGGAGCAUGCACUCGUGACUGCAGGGUAAGAGUGGAAAGAUGUGUGUGGAGUGGCACCGACAGGGCUGUGAUUGUGUGGGCAUGUCCCACGUUUCUUUGGGGGAUGCUUAUUUGGGAGUGGCCCAGGUGAGAGAGUUAUAAAGCCACCCGCACACCUAACACUGUUCUGGAUGAGAGAUGAGAGCAGACUGGCUUCUCCCCAUCAGUGCAUUGUGCCUGUUGUACACCCCUGGAGGAGCCCUGGAGCCAGCCCAGGUAGGGUACACAAUCUUUUUAAAUUCCAUAUGGUUGCCAGCUUAUUUCUUUCACUUGUUUACUGUAAUAUCCGGCGUGUUUUUAUUUAUCUAAUUUUGUAUUCAGUUAUAACCAUGGUAGGGUAGCAGAUAUAUGACAGGUGUAAUCCCUGGUGCUGCAGUGGACCUUACUUCUUUUCUUUUGGACAAGAUAAUACUGUGAGUCUCCUCCUCCUUUCCCUCCAAUUUGUUUUCUCCUCUUUUCUCCAGCCUCUUGCAUCCCCUUCCUUUCUACCGUCUCCUACAACUAUCCAUAUGCACAGUCUUCUCUCUUUGUGUGUGACUGUUACAAAAUUUCACUUUUUCAAAAUUGAAAUCAGGUGUUUGCUCAAAUGAGGGGAGAUUUUUUUUUUUUUUUAAUGCUGAGACCUCAGCAGAAUACUUUUCUUUUUGUUGUUUCCCCCACAAACCCAUCAAUCUGGGAGAGCGUUGGGAGUGGAAAUCAUGUUGCCUGGGAUGCUGGUUUCUUUGUAUAUUAUAUAAAACGUAUGUAAAUGUCUCUCCAUUGGGCUGGGGUUUGCAUUCUCCCCUUGGAUAUUAACUGAGGGGAGAGGCCAGCGGGCAGGCGGCCCUCACCCUGCCUGGCACGUGCAGAGACCCCAGCCACUCUGUGUGGGCAGGGUGCUGUCAAGACCAGACCUCUGGGGGGGGUGGGGGCGGGGGGUGGGGGGACUCUUGGAAGGGAAGAAGUAUCACUUCUUUCUCAAGUGGAGUGUUUACACCUUGCUGUAACAUUUGAACUUUCACAAGAGAUGUAAUAAUUUUGAUAAUAAAAUUCUUAACCAUAAUAA